AUGUAUCCAUAUAUAAAGGGCACAAUACAAACAGUCAAAUCGAUUCCACCAUACAAUAUGAUGUUGAAAAUACUCCUGUUUCUUUUCGUGUUGGGCCUUCUUCCACAUCAAGACAAUAGUUUGGACGAGGUUGAAUGGUAUCGAAAUGAGAUGACUACAAAAGUGGUACCUCUCUACAGCACUGCUUAUCGAAUACUCAACAAUGAUAUUAUCGAACGUAUUUUACACUUUGACGAAAAUCCGAACAUAAUAAAUAUCGUCGAGACAUCAACAGUCAAUCGAAACAAAGAGGAUGAACACGAAUCUGAAGAUGCAUUUAGUCGCAGCACUGAAGAUGGACAUUCUUCCAAAACUGAAAACAUAGAGGAAGUUGUUCACAAACCGGAUGAUGAAGUGGAAGAAAAAUCAAAAGAAGGAAAAGAAAUAAAUGAAGACAAUCAUAAAAUUGAAGACGAAGUUGAUGGACCAACUGAAGAAGAACAUCACCCUGCUGAAAUUAGAAAAAGGGAAGAUAAUUACCAGCAAUUCGAAGACGAUAUUAAUGAAAAAACCGAUGAACAAAGUGAAGAAAAACAACCUCAAGACGAAUUGAAUCUACAUAGUGAAGAACAAAUAACUGAGAAAAUGAUGACUACUGCCAAACAAGUCUCCGAAGACGAUAAUACAGUCGAAAUUCCACAAACGAUCGAGCAGAUUCGUGUAUGGAACGAAUCUGUCGACGAUCAAUUUUCUGUGGAUGAACACAACACACAAGAAAACGUGAGUGAUGAGACUGUGCCUGGGUUGAUGACUACCACAAGUUUAAAUGAUGAUGAUGACGACAAACUUGGCUCAAAUGAAUCAGAAGACACUAAAUCAUACGCAAUUGUCAGUACUGAUGAGACAACUGAAAACGAUACAGUCACAAAUGCAGAAAACAUUAUCGAAUCAGCUGUCACAGAAUUUGAUCAAGUUAACAGCGAACAGAAUCGAUUAAGAGUGUUCGUGAGUGAAAUAGGUAUCGCCGUCAAUAGCGUACACGAACUUUUAGGAAACGCUUCCUCCGAAUGCGAACAACUGCAUAAUCAAACAUACGCACGGAUUACGACUGCAGUUUUAGACAUUUCAAAACAGGAAGAAGAGCUUCGCCAACUGGUAUCAACAAUUAGCGAACUCACAUCAACCAUAGAUUCGGGAGAACAACAGGUCAGAUUCGCUGAACAAGUCGUGCGUGAACGAGAGGCCGCAGUUCAAAAUGCUGAGCGUGCGCAGCGCGACGCCGAGCAUAAAGUGGACAGAGCUCGUAAACAAUGUCGAGAGACCCAUCGCCCAGGCUACGAAUUGGGUGGCGAAGCCAGUCGUCCAGGCUACGAAUUGGGUGGCGAAGCCAGUCGUCCAGGCUACGAAUUGGGUGGCGAAGCCAGUCGUCCAGGCUACGAAUUGGGUGGCGAAACCAGUCGCCCAGGCUGUGACUUGGGCGGUGAUCAAGCCACUGUGGAUGUGUCACUCAAGACGCCAGUUCUCAAUGCUCUUACAGAAAGAACUGCAAUAGAUGCUAGCUCGGAACAGUGUAUGAUCGUCGCACCUGUGACUAUUCAAUUAAUGGGACAGUUACUGAUUGUCGCGAGUACAAAAGACGUUUCUCUCCUUGCACCUGAUCGCAAAUUUACAUAUAUUCGAAAUCCCGAAUCAUUACGAGCUACUCUCUUACAAGUAGCACACGAGGGUUACAAUGCCUUUCUUAGUGGUCAUUCGACGAUGAACGUCAUUCAACUAAGAAUGAUUCAAAUACCAAAACACAUCAAGACCGCACUGAAAAUACUUGGUGGCAACUUUCCAAGACGCGUACUCACUCGUUUACUUCCUCAGGUAUUGGGCAGUAUUGAAGAAACAGGAAAAGAAUGUGUUACAUUGACCAACGCAACGAAAAACCAAUUCACUCGAGUAAUGGAACUUGUUCAAGAAGUGAUUCGAACAACGGCAGCAACGCAAUCAGUCCACGAGUCCAAAGUAGAAGAGAACGAGAGAGAAAUGGCAAUAUUGCGCUCACUGAAAGCAGAUUUGGAGAAAGAGGAAAAAUUCCGUGCUAAGCUAUACAAAGAUGCUACUGAUACAGCAGAUAGAGCUGAAGCGACCUAUUCCAAAGCAUUGAAUGACAUACCAACAGGAAUGGGAGCUCUGCUCAAAGACUUUGCUCGUGGUAUAUUGAAGUUAGCCAAUACGGUUGCCGAAGCUGGUGCAGCCGUACUGACUGGUCAAAAUGGACGAGUUGGAGCACAACUUCAUCAGGCUGUCAAUCCCAUAGCAAUGACUGGUAAUAUGGAAGGCAAGCAACCACUUUCAUUCGGUCUUAGUCAGACGCUCAGCAUGGCGACUCAAUUUGCUAACUCAUUACGAUCAUUUCAAAAUGCUUUUUUGACCAAUAGUAGCGAUCCGAAAUUAAUGAAAGGUUACGGUAUUGCAUUCAAAGCGUUUCAUGAUUAUAUCACGAUGCUACCUGAUAAUCCUGCGAAGGCAAAGGCAAUCAAGUUGAUUAAACACAGCGAGGCUCUUGCAGCGACGACAACCCAAAAUGCCCAACAAUUGAAAUUAAGCAAUGAGACCAACAUCAAAGUUAAUGAAGAGCUCGGGAAAAUCUGCGAUGAUCUUGGAUCGUUUGAAAGUGCUUAUCAGAACAUCGAUCCAAAGGCCGCUUCACAUACCCUAUCCACGAUUGGAACAAAUACAGCAGGUGACUCGUCACAGAAUGAAAUUCUUAAAGCACAAAUUGCUCAGAAACAGUUGACGGAAAUGCGCCGCCGCCAAGAUGAACAGGCUGCAGAAUACCUCAAAUUGCUCGAAGGUAUGCGGGAGAUCAACGCGAAAAUGAUCUCCGUCGACUUAACCACAAUUAGUUAUAAAGAGAUCAUCGCUUUGCUCAAGGAAGCCUUCACUCUACUUACUCAGGUGGAGACACAGUGGCAUAAUUUCGUCGCUUUCUUCACUACAAUGUCAGAAUACAUUCACGACAUGAUCAAGGGUCCAUUGAAACGAUUCCUUAGGGUAGCUGCUGUCGGCAGCAAUCUGGAUCUAGCCAUGCGCAUGCAAAUAAUCGAUAUCCUUAAAGAAGACACGUUUGGCAUCCACCGUGAAGCGUAUAUUCUCUUUGUCAUGGCACACACCUAUCAUGAAGUGUCGAGCAAGUAUUUGAUGGGACGACUCUCAAGUCUUUCUGGUAUGCUUAUUGUUCGAAAUAAAAUAGAACGAGAAGAAUUAAUGAAUAAUCUUACGCGACAGACAGAUCAGACGCUCAAAGAGAUCAAAACUCUUAUUGUUGAGCGCAAAGAAAAUUUUGACAAGGAAUUCACCACGCGAAACACAGAAUUGACCACGUUAAUCGACAAACUAGGUGGACCAAAUGAAAAAGAUCAACUAGCAAUCGAAGAAGGUCAGCGCUUGAUCACCGAUGAUACAGCUUGGAGCGACAAAUGA